AUGGGAAGCAAGUUACAAAUGAGCUCGGCCUAUCAUCCUCAGACGGAUGACCAAUCUAAGAGAACCAUCCAAACUCUUGAAAACUUGUUGAGGACGAGCAUCCUAGAUCACUUAGGAGUUUGGGAUGAAGUUUUGUCGUUAGUUGAGUUCACUUACAACAACAGUUUCCAGUCCAACAUCGCUAUAGCGCCCUUUGAAGCUCUCUAUGAAAGAAGAUGUCGAACACCCUUGUGUUGGUUUCAAGAAGGAGAAGCAGUAUUGACUGGACCUGAGAUCAUCCAACAGACGACCGAGAAGAUUCUAAGGCGUAUAGGACCGAUCGCGUACGAGUUAGCAUUGCCACCUCCACUGUCCAACCUUCAUCUGGUCUUUCACGAUUCUCAACUCAGGAAGUACAUAGCCAAACGGUCUCACGUGCUAGAAGCUGACAACAUUCAGAUCCGAGAAGACUAUUUGGUCGAACUACAACCGGUCAGAGUUGAAGAAUUUAUGACCAAGCGACCGUUCGGUAAAGCUACAACUUUCGUCAAGGUCAUCUGGGAUGAACGAACGGGUGAUGCUACUUGGGAGCGGGAAGAAAUCAUGAAGGAGUCUUAUCCCAACCUAUUUUCCUGGUAA